AUGCUAAAGUUAGUAGGAGGCACUGAGACAACAAAGAAUAUACCAUACGCUGGUUUUAAGUGUCUUACUAGAGGAGAACCCGUACCUGCAAAUACCAAAGUAGAGGAGGCCCGAGACCAGAACCCAUAUAUCCCCAAUAUCACUGCCCCAUAUGAUACUGUCCUUAUGAGACAGUCCCGAGCGUAUAAAGCGAACACAUCAUACCAAGCUAACACCAGGGGGCAAAGGCGAUGUGCCUUCGAAUCGUAUCCGUCUGUCCCGUAG